UUCCUUUCUCUCCCCCUCACACCCCUCCUCUCACCCACCACUGUCCACCCCCACCUCCCUCUGUGUGUGUGCUCUGUCGGCUGUACAAGUGUAGCCGUGUCCGUGGAGCGGGGAACAGCAGCGCUACGAUGGAUCUCCAGCGCUGCCCGAAGCCCAGCAAAGUGCGGGGCAAGAGACGGGACGUGGUGUGGUGGCAGAUCUGCUGGCUGGCCGGAGUAAUGUUGGUGGUCCUAGCUGUCUGCAGCUUGGUGAAGAAGGCAGGCUACUACGUGACGAGUUAUACCUUGGAGAUGCAUGACCGGAGGCUUGGCCGGAGACUGAUGGAACAGAUCGAUGAGAACACCACCGAUACUGGAGCAACGUCACACCAUUUCAAGAACUGUACAGAACCAGCUCUUCAUGAAUUCCCCGUCGAUGUCUUUACCAAUGACGAGCGGCGGCAUGGAGCUAUCACUCUCCACCUGAUCUGCACCAUAUACAUGUUCUACGCUCUGGCAAUCGUCUGUGAUGACUACUUUGUUCCGUCGUUAGACAAAAUCUGUGAGCGACUCCAUCUUAGUGAAGAUGUGGCGGGAGCCACGUUCAUGGCAGCUGGAAGCUCAGCCCCCGAGCUCUUCACCUCCGUCAUAGGGGUGUUCAUCACGAAGGGGGACGUGGGAGUGGGAACCAUCGUGGGCUCUGCGGUGUUCAACAUCCUCUGCAUCGUUGGAGUGUGCGGGCUUUUUUCGGGAAUGGUGGUGCCAUUGACAUGGUGGUCGUUGAUCAGAGAUUCCAGUUAUUACACCUUGUCGGUGAUGGUACUUAUCUUGAUUAUUUAUGAUGAAAGAAUUUCUUGGUGGGAAUCUUUGAUCUUGGUAUUAAUGUACGCAGUCUACAUCUUGAUUAUGAAGUUCAACACGUCACUGCAGAUUUUCUUUGAAAGCAAAUUGAAGAAGCCAUCUGUGAACAUGGCCAAUGGGAACACGGGUAAUGCAGAAAUCGAUGACAACAGCAACUGCGAUGCAACUGUGGUCUUACUGACAAAAGCCAACUUCUCUCGUAACUCCUCUGUGCUGAUGGUGGACGAGAUGCUCUCUGCAUCCCCACACCAGCUGUCUUUCUCCGAGGCCAGUCUCAGGAUCAUGAUAACCAGUCACUUUGGACCCAAAACCCGCCUAAGCAUGGCCAGCCGCAUGCUCAUCAAUGAGAGACAACGGCUGAUCAGCAGCAAGAGCGUUUCCAACGGGGAACCCGAGGUUUCCAUUAAAAUUCCCGGGAAGCGCAGCCUGGAGAAUGGGACUGGCCCGAGCUACUCUGCGGAGAGGGGGGUGAGCGGGCUGUGGACGGAGGAGGCCAGAGCCGCCGGCAGCAGCCAGAGGGAGGCCGAGAACGAGGACAACCAGAACAACGAAAACGACGAAGAGGAGGAGGAGGAGGAAGGGGAAGGGGAAGGGCCGUUCGUGCCGUUCCACCUGCCUGCGGGAAUGUGGGACGUGGUAAAGUGGGCGAUAGCCUGGCCGCUGUGUUUCGUGAUGUACUUCACCAUCCCGAACUGCGCCAAGCCUCGAUGGGAGAAGUAUUUCAUGUUCACCUUCGUCGCAGCUACCAUGUGGAUCGCCAUUUUCUCCUACGUGAUGGUGUGGAUGGUCACAAUAAUCGGAUACACCCUGGGAAUUCCUGACGUAAUAAUGGGAAUCACGUUCCUGGCAGCUGGGACAAGUGUACCGGAUUGCAUGGCGAGCCUCAUAGUUUCCAGACAAGGCAUGGGAGAUAUGGCAGUGUCUAAUUCUAUAGGAAGCAAUGUCUUUGACAUCCUGAUAGGACUUGGCCUACCUUGGUCGAUUAAGACGAUUAUGGUGAACUUUGGCUCACACUUAACGUUGAACAGUCGUGGGCUAAAAUAUUCGGUGGGACUGCUGCUUGCCUCUGUUUUUGUAACAGUGACCUGCGUUCAUAUGAACAAGUGGAAACUGGACAAGAAGCUCGGCUGCAUAACCCUGUUCCUCUACGGAGUUUUCCUGUGCUUCUCCAUCAUGACGGAGUUCAACGUCUUCACCUUUGUGAACCUUCCCAUGUGCCGGGACCACUGAUGGCCGAUAAAGACAGCUCGACCUUGGAAUCAGUGCAAUGUUAAAAAAAACUAUACGAGAGCAAAACGUCCCAUGGCCGAAUGUCGUGAGCUGCAAGGAACUGCUACUGCUGAGAACUUGGUGCAAGACGUGUUCUUGAGAGAGAAAACAAAACACCUGUAUUGAUGUGAACGUAUUUUUUAAUGUAUUUAUGUGGAGUUGUGACACAGACACACACACACAUGUACACACACACACAUGUACACACACACACACACACACAAACACCUUAAGAAGAUAACGUAUAUGAUAUUGUUGGCUGCUAAUUGCCGUGGGUCUGGAAGAUAUACCUGCCGCGUUUGUAUAUUCUCAGUUCUAUCAGAAAGGAAUAUUUUGUCUGGAGUGGGAAGUGUACAAUGGUUCUUGUUGUUCAAGAGAAUAAGGCGUGCCUGAAAGCAAACAUAUUGCCCUGUGAAAUUACCCCUUCCUUGCUCUCUCCCCUUCCACAAAGCCUUCAUUUCCCCACGCUGGUGUCCCUCUCGCUGCCAGAGGGCUUAAAGGAACAAGAAUGUACAUAUCAACGAGUUUCCCCUUGCCCUGCUGCCCACGCUGUUCCUCCCACUGGCGGAGUGUAAACUCUGAACCAUAGCAUUUAAGCAGAAUUUGAGUUGUGGAAUUUGACGUCUGAAACCUACUGCAGUUUGUACCCUGAUACUACUCCUAAUAACAAUCUCACCGGGAGGUACAUUUUGCACUUUUUUUUUUCUUUUUUUUGUUUUGUUUUGUUGGAACAGUUGCUUAGUCAAUGGUACAACUGUGUAUAUUGAUGGUAUAAAAAGUUGUAUAUAUUGGGAGUUUUUUUUUUUGUUUUCCUUUUCGAAAAGGUAGAGUAUGUAAGAUAUUAUAUCGCAGUUUAACCCAGCCGCGCGGUGUAUGAUUUGGAAAUGUUGAUUAAAAGGUACAAAUAGUGCAAAUGAAGAAGCAAAGCUGCUCUGGGCUUUGUCUGUACAGGUAGUUUUGAGAAUAAAGCAUGUUUAAUUUAUAUAUUUAUAAAAAAAAACAGCACAGGAAGCCACUUUGCAGUUUCACAGCACAUUUUUACAGGACUGGUUGAAAGCUUCAUGCACCCCUGCAUGCACCCUUGCAUGUACCCUUGCAUGCACGAUCUCCGCCCCACCCCCACCCCUAGGUUUAGCCCAUUGCCUUCCUCAAAGAAACCACCAUGGUGAGGAAGAUGUGGAUUGCCUUCAACUGUUGCUGUAGUUUCUGGAUGAAUUUGCUCUGAACUGACUCCACCCCAAGCCGGUUGCAGUUGGCUGUCUUAAUCCAACUCUAACUUCUCCCGUUUCAGCGCAAGUGAUUCUGUAACAAGGCCACGAGUCUCCCAACCUACGAUUAGAAAGAGUGGAUUAUUAUUUAACGUGCCGCGCCUUGCCUCGCCUCGCCUGGCCAACGUUUACAAGUCUACUAGGCCUACUGCCACUGGACAGUGUUAAAGUGUCACCUCAGUAGUAACCAAACUUUUGUUCAUGCUCCAGAGAAGUAAAUACACGAGGAAUCUAAUGGGUUUCGAACCUUUCAAGAACAACGAGCUUCAGGGUUGUAUUGGCUGAGUGAGUCCAACGUAACCUGUACGGAUUGCUCAUCAUUUACCCGUCCUAUGCCAUCAGAAUCCUCCUGCUUUGCAAAUUCAAACAUUAUUUUUAUCAUGUCGUGUCUCUAUUUUUCCAUUGCUCUAUUAUCUCUUAUGUUUUCUCUCUCUCUCUCUCCCUCUAACUCUCCCUCUCCCUCUCCCCCUCUCCCCUCUCACUCUCUCACUCUCGCACUCUUGCACACCUAUUCUUGCACUUUAUUUCAUUCAGUUAAUAAAAUAUCAGUCGGUAAGAUUUAGAAUGGGCGACAAUCUGGUAUCGAGUGUUGUUUGCACCAAAGAGUUGCAAAAUUCUGCUUUCCUAUCCUUAUAUUUCAUCUCCAAACCCUGACAGUCAAUUUUAGACUUUAGACUUGGAUAAUAGAAACAUAGAAAAUAGGUGCAGGAGUAGCCUAUUCGGCCCUUCGAGCCUGCACCGCCAUUCAAUAUGAUCAUCCAACUCAGUAUCCUGUACCUGCCUUCUCUCCAUACCCCCUGAUCCCUUUAGCCACAAGGGCCACAUCUAACUCCCUCUUCAAUAUAGCCAAUGAACUGGCCUCAACUACCUUCUGUGGCAGAGAGUUCCAGAGAUUUACUGCUCUCCGUGUGAAAAAUGUUUUUCUCCAUAAUCCAGUCAGUGGAAAUAGUGUAUCUCUCUCUCUCUCUCUGUACAUGUGGAAACCCAUGAUCAAAUUCUAAAUUCUGGGGGACGUUCCCUAGUUUGUUCUCUCUCCCCUCCACGCAGUUCAACCCUUGAAAUUCAGGUUUGUGUUAUGGUAAAUUUAAUCUGCACUUCCUCCCAUGAAAGGUCUUGGUAGCUUUCCGAAGCAGUGAUGCCCAGAACUGCCCACUAUACUCCAAGAGAAGUCUAACCAAGACUUACCACCUUAAGUAUCAGCUCUGUGGAUACACAAGCCUGUAUUACAUUAGGCUCUAUGGCCUGUUUUCUCCCCGCCACAGUUGUCCAUGAUAUAUUCUUGAUCCGUGUAGAUCGCUGGGUCAUUUUGUAUAUUCUAACUUCCAUAGCUUCCUGCCUCUCCAUCCUCUGCCCUAACCCAUUUCCCGUCUAGAAUCACUUUGCUAAAAUCUAAAAUGAGAGAGGGAUGUAGCCAGCAGACCAGGAGAAUGAGAUGGCAGGAUCAUUGAUCACGAAGACUUGUACAUAUCAAAGGUUUUCAGUUUGUCUACCAGAACUGGCCAACACCAUACACAUCAGUUGUUUUAAUAUCUAUCAGUGGUUGCCGUCUUAUUAACUCUUGCUGUAGUUUUCUUUCCAUCUCUAAGGGAGUGGAAUCCUUGUCUUGGUGAUAGAGUUUCAGCACUUAAUACACAUGUCCUGAGCAAAAAGGAGAAUUUUAUCCAAAUAGUGUUUAGCUGGAAUAAAUAUCUCAUGGCAACUUUUUUUUUUGCAAGUUAAUUCAAUGCAUUAUAAUCACCUUUUGAAGUUUGAUGUAAAAUGUUGGAUGAAUCCCCAUGAUGUAUAAACAGUAAGAUUUUACCUUG